CUAUUAAUGUAACUUCGGACGUGGGCACUUAUUAUAAAAUCAAGUAUUUAGACAAAGUGAAGAAAAAUUUAAAGGAUAAAGGUGGUGAACAAUUGUUAAAUAGAUUUUUACGGGGUUGUUUUGGUCAUUUAUUGGAUUGGAAUCCUGGUCCGAAAUGUGCAAUGGCCGUUCAUCAAGUAGUCUCUCGCCAAAUAAAGUCAAGCCGUGAUGGUCUUUUCUUUUUAUUGAAUAAUACGAUAGUUCAUUUUUCAAAGAGGGAUUAUGCUUUAGUGACUGGUCUUAAUUUUGGUGAUUUUAAUGUAGAUAUGUCGCGUAAUCAUAAUUUGAGUGGAGUGGAAGUGUUUAAUAAAUUUAAUUGUGGUGAGUCUCAUGUGAAACUAUCAACCCUCAUUGAUCUUUUUUAGAAUUUUGAAAUUGAUGAUGAGAAUGGUAGUUUAUACUUGAGGAUUGCCUACAUUAUAGUCCUAUAUGGCAUGCUUGUAGGUUAUGAGACUGAUAAAACAAUUGAGCAUUGGGUUUGGGCAUUGGUAGAUGAUCUUUGAUGCAUUUAACCAAUUUCCGUGGGGGGCGUAUACGUAUAAUAGAUUGUGUUACUAUACGACAAAGUGCAAGUCUAAAAAACAUCAUAAAUUGUAUGGACCUGUUUGGGCGUUGCAUGUGUGGUCGCUUGAGAUUAUGCCCGAUUUAGGUAAUGUGGUCGGUAAUUGUGUUGCUGAGUUUGCGCACCCUAGAUGUUUGAAGUGGAAGUUUCGUAGUAGACCGGCUACGAAGGAUUUACGGCCCUUCUUCGAGAAAGAGGAGCAAGAGAUAUUGGAGUUGGUCGCGGACGAAUUUGAAGUCAGCACUAUGUACUACUUAUCUACCAUUGGUGUGUAUAUGGGGGCACAGCAUGAUGAACCUCGUGUGUAUAUGGGGGCACAACAUGAUGAAGCUCCUAAUCAGGAUUUCCCAUAUGGGCCUUCACACGACAUUCAUGUUCAAGAGCAAGAACAAGAGGAAGGAGGAGCUCUGCAUGAUAUACCUAUUUCUGCGCAUGAUUUGGCUGCGACAGUGAUGGACACAUGGGCGCGGAGUUCAUCUUCCCAUGAAGAGGGUCGUCGUAGACGAGCUAGGGAAAAGCGUGUUCGGCCACCUACUACAUCUUCAUCAUCUAGUAGCGGCGAUCAUGCUAACCGGCGUGUAGACCGUGAAUAUAUGGAGACAGUUGUGAGGAGGAUGGAUGAGGCACACGAGGAGAGAAUGAAAAGGCACAGCGAUGCUUUACAUGAACGGGUCAAGGGGACAUUGAAGGGGUUUUUCGAGGAGUUGAAGGGUUUUUUUAGUUGUAAGAGUGUCCGAGCUACGACUGUUCGUUCUCCUAUUCAUCGACCUACACCGGCACCCGAUGUAAGACAGAGUGAUGAUAUACCCGACGAGGGCACCGAGGAAGGCGAUGUUCCUCGUGUUGAUAAUGUUACACCAUCGCCAUAUGUGCCACAGUUUUCUCAAUUUGAUUUUGGUAGCACAUCUUAUUUGGGCACUGAUGCCGAGUUCCCUCGGUGCUCCAAUCCAAUUGAUCAAAUGAGAGUAUAUUUGGAUUUCAUGGGAGAGGAGUUGGCUAGUUUUAGAGAGCCAUCCCAACGCGUUGAGACACCGGUAUUGCCUAGGAGAAGUACACGUCAGAGAUUCCCAUCACAAGUAUUGGAGUCACCGUAUGCGGCAUCUGGAGAACCCAUUCUACUUUCGACAGCGGAGAUGGAUAAGUUUACGGCUUUCCUUAAUGGAGCCAUCGCAGCAUCAAACUCAGUGUCUCUAUAUGCAUAA